CGCCACCCCCACCGAGGCCUUUUGUUUUGCAACAGAGCGAGUUCCGACAACAAAGAACCAAAACACCCGCAACCAUGAACUCGAUUCCCCAUCAGCAGCAGCAGCAACAGCAACAACAACAGCAGAUGUAUGGGGCACAGCAGUUCCAGCACCAGCAGCCCGUGGCCAUGCCCGGCCAGGGCCAGUUUCGGCAGCAGCAGCAACCCAUGCAGCAGACCAUGCAGCAACCCAUGCAGCAGACCAUGCCGCACCAGCAACCGCAGUUCCAGCACCAGCAGAUGCACGCAAGCCCAACCCCAAACCCCCCACCGAUCCACCACCAGCAACCGAUGAUGCAGCAGCAGCAGCAGCAACAGCAGCAGCAGCAAUCGAGGAGGCCGCAGAUCCAGCAGCAACCCCAGCAGCAGCGGCGGCAACAGGCCCAGCCCCGGUCCCAGAUGUCCCGGCCUCCUUACGUCGAUCCGAACACGAACAUCAUCUACGAGACGGACAACGCGGAAUACGAGGGAUUCCUGACGAAGCAGUCCAUGUGGCUCAAGGUGCGUUUUUGUAGUACUUGCACUUGCACUUGUACUUGUAUAGCAUGGUGGUCUCUUGUCCGAAACCAAGCCCGGCGAAAGGUGUUCCGAUCGAUGGACUUUGCGUGGGGUCAAACGAUACAAAGAGAUACGAUACGAUACGAAGAGACACGAUACGAUACGAAAUGAGCCGCUUCCAACGAUCCCAAACCGGUUUUCGCGCUUGCACUUGCACUAGCACUUGCACUUGUUCUCACCCGCCUCGUUUCGUUUUCUCCCGUCCUUUUCGUCGGCAACGCAACGCUUGCAAUCAAAUGCAAACCAUUGGCAAUCGCACCGAAACCGGAACCAACCCACACAAUCAACGGACACAACACAACGCAACACAGGACUGGCGCCGCCGGUUCUUUCUGCUCAAGGGAAGCAAGCUCUUUUACUGCUCCAACGAGUACUCGACGCCCCACGGGAUGAUCGACCUGGCCCUCUGCACCACCGUCAAGUCGGCCGACCUCAAGAGCCGGAAGCGGAACUCCUUCGAGAUCUCCACCCCCGAGAUCACCUACCUCCUCUACGCCGACACGGAGCAGGAAAAGGACGACUGGAUCGGAAGGGUCGGGAAGGCCAUCGUCCGGUGUUCCUCGACGUACUACAGCCAGUCGGCCAGCGGAUCGGGCGUCCGGAGGCAGCCGCAACCGCAGGGAUACGCCGGGAACUACUACCAGCAGCAGCAGCAGCUGCACCAGCACUCGGCCAUGGACAGCGACGACGACGACAUUUACUACGAGGAUCCGAACAACGAGAAUCCCUACUUCAACGACUGAGUGGCGGGACGAACCAAGAGUCCGGUCCGGGGGACGGCCGUUGCCCCGGCAACGUGGCGCAACGACGAACGGAAGAAACGACACAACGCGGU